GCGGGCGCGCUGGGCUCACUGCGCCUCCGACGCCGCCGAGGCCCGGCGGAACGCGGAGCUGCCGGAAGUGGCCGCGCGCCGCUCUGCGCCCGGGCCGCGGCCUCCCGCCGCCCGGCUGGUUCGCCGCUCCCCGCGGCCAUGCGCCCCGCCGCGCCCGCGCUGAGCCGCCCCGCGCCCCGGCCGGCGCCCGCGGAGGAAGCCUGAGCCCCGCGCGGAGCCCGGGACGGCGCGGAGCCCCGCGGGCGCCAUGGGGCUGCCCACCCUGGAGUUCAGCGACUCGUUCCUGGACAGCCCGGACUUCAGGGAGCGCCUGCAGUGCCACGAGGUGGAGCUGGAGCGCACCAACAAGUUCAUCAAGGAGCUGCUCAAGGACGGCUCGCUGCUCAUCGGGGCGCUGAGGAAUCUCUCGAUGGCGGUGCAGAAGUUCUCCCAGUCGCUGCAGGACUUCCAGUUUGAGUGCAUUGGCGACGCGGAAACGGACGAUGAGAUCAGCAUUGCUCAAUCACUCAAGGAGUUUGCAAGGCUACUUAUUGCAGUAGAAGAAGAAAGGAGAAGACUGAUUCAGAAUGCCAAUGACGUCCUGAUUGCGCCUCUGGAGAAAUUCCGGAAAGAGCAGAUCGGGGCCGCCAAGGAUGGAAAGAAGAAGUUCGACAAGGAGAGUGAAAAGUACUACUCUAUUCUCGACAAGCAUUUGAACUUGUCUGCAAAGAAAAAGGAGUCUCAUCUGCAGGAGGCAGACACACAGAUUGACCGCGAGCACCAAAACUUCUACGAGGCGUCCUUAGAGUAUGUCUUCAAGAUUCAAGAAGUUCAGGAAAAGAAGAAGUUUGAGUUUGUGGAGCCGCUCCUGUCAUUCCUGCAGGGCUUGUUCACGUUUUACCAUGAGGGCUACGAACUUGCCCAGGAGUUUGCACCGUACAAGCAGCAGCUGCAGUUCAACUUGCAGAACACGAGGAACAACUUCGAAAGCACGCGGCAGGAGGUGGAGCGGCUGAUGCAGAGGGUGAAGUCGGCCAGCCAGGACUACAGGCCGCCCAGCCAGUGGACCAUGGAGGGCUACCUCUACGUCCAGGAGAAGCGACCGCUCGGCUUCACGUGGACCAAGCACUACUGCACGUACGACAAGGCGAGCAAGACCUUCACCAUGAGCGUUUCGGAGGUGAAGUCCGGCGGGAAAGUGAACGGCCUGGUGACCAGCUCCCCGGAGAUGUUCAAGUUAAAAUCGUGCAUCCGGCGGAAGACGGACUCCAUCGACAAGCGGUUCUGCUUCGAUAUAGAAGUCGUGGAGAGGCACGGCGUCAUCACGCUGCAGGCCUUCUCCGAAGCCAACCGGAAGCUGUGGCUGGAAGCCAUGGACGGGAAGGAACCGAUUUACACCCUGCCCGCGAUAAUCAGCAAGAAAGAAGAAAUGUACUUGAACGAGGCCGGCUUCAACUUCGUGAGGAAAUGCAUCCAGGCCGUGGAGACGCGAGGCAUCACCACCCUGGGCCUGUACCGGAUCGGAGGCGUCAACUCCAAGGUGCAGAGGCUCAUGAGCACCACCUUCUCUCCUAAAUCCCCUCCAGAUAUUGACAUUGACGUGGAACUGUGGGACAACAAGACGAUCACGAGUGGGCUGAAGAACUACCUCAGGUGCCUGGCCGAGCCACUGAUGACGUACAAGCUGCACAAGGACUUCAUCCUGGCCGUCAAGUCGGACGACCAGAACUACCGGGUGGAGGCCGUGCACGCGUUGGUGCACAAGCUGCCGGAGAAGAACCGCGAGAUGCUGGACCUGCUCAUCAAGCACCUGGUCAAGGUGUCGCUGCACAGCCAGCAGAACCUGAUGACCGUCUCCAACCUGGGCGUCAUCUUCGGCCCCACUCUGAUGCGAGCCCAGGAGGAGACGGUGGCCGCCAUGAUGAGCAUCAAGUUCCAGAACAUCGUGGUGGAGAUCCUCAUGGAGCACUAUGACAAGAUCUUCCACUCGGCCCCGGACCCCAGCGUGCCGCUCCCCCAGCCCCAGUCCCGAUCCGGGUCCCGCCGGGCGCGCGCCAUCUGCCUGUCCACCGGCCCGAGGAAGCCCCGGGGCCGGUACACCCCGUGCCUGGCGGAGCCCGACAGCGACUCGUACAGCAGCAGCCCCGACAGCACGCCCAUGGGCAGCGUCGAGUCCCUGUCCUCCCACUCCUCGGAGCAGAACAGCACGAGCAAGCCGGCCCCGUGCGCGCCCCGGGAGAAGCCCGGCGGGGUCCCCUGGAUCGCCGCCCCGGGCUCCUCCAGCGGGCAGAAGGGCCUGGGCCUCUGGACCACCAGCCCCGAGUCGAGCUCCCGCGAAGACGCCGCCAGGACCGACGCGGAGUCGGACAGCCAGAGCGUGGCCUCGGUCCCCGGCCCGGGCGACGGCUCCCCGCCCGCCGACCUGCUCAAGAAGGGGCCCUACGGGCUCGCGGGGCUCAGGCGGACCCCCGCCCCCUCCCUCAGGUCCAUCGCCGCAGCGGAAGGAACCAAGAGCUACAGUGGGUCCGUUCAGAGCUUAACUUCUCUGGGCUCCAGGGAGUCGCCCAAAACCACACCGAACCCAGAGCUGCCCCCCAAAAUGUUCAGGAGGCCGAGACCGGACGCCACGUCCAGCAAUGGCUACCAGAGGCCGGGCUCCGUAGUGGCAGCCAAGGCUCAGCUGUUCGAGAACGCGGGCUCGGCCAAGGCGGCGUCCUCCGGGCGGCAAGCCAAAGCCAUGUACUCGUGCAAGGCGGAGCACAGUCACGAGCUCUCCUUCCCCCAGGGGGCACUCUUCUCCAACGUGUACCCCUCCGUGGAACCCGGGUGGCUGAAAGCUACCUACGAAGGCAAGACGGGACUCGUCCCUGAGAACUACGUUGUCUUCCUCUAGCGCUGCCACACGCGCGGCCGCAUCUUCAUGGUAUCCAUGGUAACCUGGACUAAGCGCUAUGAUUUUAUCUGACACAGAUAGGAGGACCUGGCCCCGAAAUGAAAACAGUCGAUUUCUAUCAAGUUCAGCACCAGCAGUGUGCGCAGCUCCCUGCUGAUGGAGAAAGGAAAAAAACAACCCUGUGUGGAGAUCAAAGCCGUUCUUUAUGGCUACUUCCUUUGUUUUUGUUUUUGUGUUUUUUAGUAUCUUGCUUUGUUUUUGGAUAAGUGAUUCUCUGUGGUGUUUCACUGACAGUUGUAGGCUCUCAAAUACUACAUCAAUGUUCAUCAUUACACCCCCCAAAAUGUGGGGGCCAGCACUCCGCUGCGUGGAUUCUGAGCUCUGAACUCCCUCCUGCUAGUCUCCGGGGAACCUUGGAAUCAUGACUCUAAAGAGUAACUUAAUGUGUUCAUUUGUUACUUGUCUGUAAAGAAGUAUACUUGCUCUAUCGACGGUUGUUUUGCUGGUCCUGAACAUUUCAAGGUGAGCUGAGCCUCGGUUUAGGUGAGGUUGUGCCGGCUUCUUCCCCGAGCCGACGGUGGUGGUCACGGGCAGUGGCCCGUGUGAUGUCUGAGGAUAGCCCCGUAGUCGCACACUGAAGGCUGGCCCUGACGCUCCGCAGCUCCCCGGGGCCACGGGGAGCAGGGACUGGCCGAGGCCCAGGCCGCGGGAGUGCUGGGGCCGGCCCAGCCCAUGACACGCCCCGCUCCAGAGGCCGUGUGGACCAUCUUCCCCAGCUCCGGGAGCUCACGAAGACCAUCUCCCCAGCUCCGGGAUCUCACGAGAACCAUCUUCCCAGCUCCGGGAUCUCACGAGAAGCAUCUCCCCAGCUCCGGGAUCUCACGAGAACCAUCUUCCCAGCUCCGGGAUCUCACGAGAACCAGCUCCGGAUCUCACGAGAACCAUCUCCCGAGCUCCGGGAUCUCACGAGAACCAUCUCCCGAGCUCCGGGAUCUCACAAGAACCAUCUCCCGAGCUCCGGGAUCUCACGAGAACCAUGUCCCCAGCUCCGGGAUCUCACGAGAACCAUGUCCCCAGCUCCGGGAUCUCACGAGAACCAUCUCCCCAGCUCUGGGAUCUCACGAGAUCCAUCUCCCCAGCUCCGGGAUCUCACGAGAAGCAUCUCCCCAGCUCCGGGAUCUCACGAGAACCAUCUUCCCAGCUCCGGGAUCUCACGAGAACCAUCUCCCGAGCUCACGAGAACCAUCUCCCGAGCUCCGGGAUCUCACGAGAACCAUCUCCCGAGCUCCGGGAUCUCACGAGAACCAUCUCCCGAGCUCCGGGAUCUCACGAGAACCAUCUCCCGAGCUCCGGGAUCUCACGAGAACCAUCUCCCGAGCUCCGGGAUCUCACGAGAACCAUCUCCCGAGCUCCGGGAUCUCACGAGAACCAUCUCCCGAGCUCCGGGAUCUCACGAGAACCAUGUCCCCAGCUCCGGGAUCUCACGAGAACCAUGUCCCCAGCUCCGGGAUCUCACGAGAACCAUCUCCCCAGCUCCGGGAUCUCACGAGA